GCGUCACUUCCGGGCAGAGCGCACCUCGCUAAUCAGGAUAAACACCGUGUUGCCUGUUCUUAAAAUCAACUGCGAGCAAAGUCCUUUCUCUGAUUCUCAGGAUUACAUUUUCCCGCAGACUGAAUGACAGCGUGUCAGGGGAGCACAGGUUGUCACUUUUCUACAAGCCUUUCAGUGUGAGGGGAUAAUUGUCUAGGCCCUCGUGGCUGAGAAAUCUCUAAGAGACAGGAUUAAAUAUUAGUAUUCUUUUGAAUCAGACUUAAGUGGGAUUCCAGUUCACAGCCAACACCACCCUAAAUGCAUCCAAUCUUGUGUGAGAAUGAAUGCAGAGCUGUAUAUACAACCAGUUUUAUGAAAAUGUGUGGAAGGAAUCUGAAGAAAAUCCAGGAACACAGAAUUUACUGAAAUACAUUGUGGUAUUCAAACCACAGGAACUUCAUGCCCACUUGAAUGGAUCCAUCAGUUCGAAUACCAUGAAGAAAUUAAUAGCCAAGAAGCCAGAUCUUAACAUCAACAAUCAAAUGACUAUGAUUGACAAAGGAAAAAAAAGAACUUUAGAAGAAUGUUUCCAGAUGUUUCAAAUUAUUCAUCAGCUGACUACUUGCCCUGAAGAUAUUCUAAUGGUCACAAAAGAUGUCAUUAAAGAAUUUGCUGCUGAUGGUGUCAAGUACCUGGAACUGAGGAGCACACCCAGAAAAGAGAACACUACUGGAAUGACUGAAAAGACUUAUGUGGAAUCCAUACUUGAGGGUAUAAAACAGUCCAAACAAGAAAAUCUGGACAUUGAUGUUAGGUAUUUGAUAGCAAUUGACAGAAGAGGUGGCUCUUCGGUAGCCAAGGAGACUGUUAAACUUGCUAAAGAGUUCUUCCUUUCUGCCGAGGAUACAGUUCUUGGCCUUGACCUCAGUGGAGACCCUACUAUAGGACAAGCAAAAGACUUUGUGGAACCACUUUUAGAAGCUAAAAAAGCAGGCCUAAAGUUGGCGUUGCAUCUUUCAGAGAUUCCAAAUCAAAAAGAAGAAACCCAGAUGCUCCUGGAUCUCCUUCCUGACAGGAUUGGGCAUGGAACAUUUCUCAACUCCUCUGAGAGAGGAUCCCUGGAUCUGGUGAACUUUGUGGGGCAGCAUCGGAUACCUCUGGAACUCUGCUUGACUUCAAACAUCAAAAGUCAGACAGUUCCAUCUUACGACCAGCAUCACUUUGGAUUCUGGUACAGCAUUGCUCAUCCAUCUGUGAUCUGUACUGAUGAUAAGGGUGUUUUUGCAACAUCCCUUUCUCAAGAGUACCAGCUGGCAGCUGAAACAUUUAAAUUGACCCAGUCUCAGGUGUGGGAUCUGUCUUAUGAGUCUAUCAGCUACAUCUUUGCUUCUGACAGCACCAGAUCUGAACUGAGGAAGAAGUGGAAUCAUCUAAAGCCCAGAGUGUUACACUUUUAAACUAUAGUAAGGUGAACUACUGUUGAGUAUAUGUUGCAAGAUUUUCCUGCCAUAUCCUUCUCAGUAAACUGUCCAGCACUUCCUUUGAAACACAGCAGCCAAAUACUACACUGUACACAUGGCAGGUGCUUGGUAAAUGUGUCUUAAACUGACUAGCAGGCCCUGAGGUCUUACAUUGCUUUACUUCUCUGCUGCUCACUGGAAGAAACUGGUUUCCCCAUUCCACUAGGUGUUUUUUAACUUAGUGAUCUUUCCUCAUUAGUGAUCAUAAAAUGUCAGGGAAAUCAGCAGUUGCUUAUCAGGAAAAGUUUUCAAAUUACUAGUUUAAGGUAAAGAAAAAAGGGGAAAACAGAUUGUUGCAAAGACCUUUAAACCUACUAGGUUUUGACAACAGCUCUAUACUUUUUGUGGUUGUGUCUGUUCUCUGGAGCAAAGCAAUGAAAGCAUAUCUUGAUACCUAAUAAAUUCUAACUCUU